GCUCCAUUUUAUUAACUCCUAAAAGAGAUUCCGUGGAGGACAUUAAGGAUCUCAGGCCGAUUUGUCUCAUGAGCAGCUUCAACAAGAUCGUGAGCAAAGUUCUUGCUCGAAGAGUUGCCCCCAUUCUCCCUCAUAUUGUCUAGAAGCAGCAACACGCUUCCAUUGUUGGAAGACAGGUUUAUGAUGUGGGGUUAAUUGCUAACGAAUUUCUCAACAACAGGAGAAGAAGUAAGAAACCAAGGCUCAUAUUCAAGAUCGACAUUGAGAAAGCAUUUGAUAACGUCAACUGGAACUGCCUUUACAAGAUUCUCACUAAGUUUGGAUUUGCUCAUCAAUGGGUCAACUAGAUCAAAGGUACCAUGUGCUCUCCUUAGUUCUCCGUGAUGAUCAAUGGCGAGGCAAAAGGCUUCUUCAAAGAUGAAAAAGGCCUCCGGCAAGGCGACCCACUUUCAUCCGGCGUGUUCACUCUUAUUAUGGAUGUGCUCUUGUUUAUGAUAUCUAGACUGAAAGAUGCUGGUCUGAUUGAAGGGUUCCAUAUGAAUGAAGAUAAUAACAGUGGAGAAGUGACUCAUCUUUUAUUCGCCGAUGACACUUUGCUUUUUUGCGAUGUGUGUCAUGAUCAAGUCGUCAAACUCCUUGCUACCCUUGUUUGCUUCCAGGUGGUUACCGGGCUUAAGAUCAAUCUUGACAAGUCUUUUAUGAUAUGUAACACCUUAGGCAAAUCCUACAUCGACAAAGCACGGGAGAGUUUUAUGGUUCAUAAGUAAGAAACCGACUUUAACUGACAAGACGAGUUUUGGGGUGAAAUGGCGGAGUUCUUGUGAGAACUCCGAAGUUAACCGUGCUUAGUGUGGAGUACAACAAGGAUGGGUGACCUUAUGGGAAUUCACCUUAAAUGUCACCCCAAGUCAAAAACCAUGAGGGUCGAGGCCCAAAGGGGACAAUAUCUUCGUCGUGAAAAGGUUCCAGAUGUUACAAGUGGUAUAAGAGCCUCUCCGCGUCCCUCUUGAACAAUGGUGGGGCAAACCACAAAGAGGACCUUGAGUCCCAAGGGGGGUGUAUGUAACACCUUAGGAAAAUCCCACAUCGACAAAGCACGAGAGAGAUCCAUGGUUCAUAAAUAAGAAACUGACAUUAACUGACAAGACGCGUUUUGGGUGAAAUGGAGGAGUUCUUGUGAGAACUCUGAAGUUAAAUGCGCUCAGUGUGGAGUACAACAAGGAUGGGUGACCUUAUGGGAAUUCACCUUGAAUUACACCCCAAGUCAAAAACUGUGAGGGUCGAGGCCCAAGCGAACAAUAUCUUCGUCGGGAAAAGGUUCGGGAUGUUACAUGCUAGACGUACAUGUACCAAGUUAUUAUGCGGAGCUGUUUUGAUGUAAGUCGAGAGGUAUCACAAGAGAUUAGAUGGCUGGAAAUCCAAACUGUUGUCAUACGGAGGCCGGGUCACUCUGAUCAAGGUUGUGUUGUGUAGUCUCCCUUUUCAUUACUUCUCAAUAUUCAAGGCUCCUCGUUCGGUUACUGUUACAAUGGAAAGAAUCAUGAAAAAUUUCCUCUGGAUUGGGACUAGGAAUUUUCGACCCCCACUUGUUAAAAUGGAGCAUAUGUAAGGCAGCUAUAGCUCAUGGAGGACUAGGCAUGUUUGAUUUGGAGAAAAGCACUUUUGUCGAAAUGGCUUUGGCGGUUCAUGACGGAGAAAAGCGGUUGGUGGCGUUUACUGAUUCAAUGUAAAUACAAGCACAAGAGGUCUUCGUGGAUCACUAGAAGCACUAGUAAAGGUUCUGAAAACUC